UUAGGUCGCGGUUGUUCAAAGAAGAGACAAAAAGAUGAACAAAAGAUUUGGGGGGAAGAAGCCGACGGGAACUCCGUCUUUAGCCCUGUCAACCGUCGUCGUUGUAGCCUCAUUGCUCGCCGGAGCCUCCGUCGUACACAAUUUAUACAAGCCAGAUCUCACAUUACCUCAGAUGGGAAGUGAUGAAGUAGACAAGAAGGAAGAAUCUCGAAACAAAGAUUAAAAUCCUUUUUUUUUUCUGUCGUUUCUUGUCUUUUUAUUUCACAAUCUCCUCUGGGUUCUGGAGUUUUAUGCCCUUUAAGACUUUUUUCUGUUAUGUAAUGAAUAAGUCCCCUCACUGGUCAACUACUUUGUGAUCCAUCCAAGUAUUUGAUUGCAACUUUGCAUUUACAUU